GCUUCUUCGCCCGUUUCCCCGCUCACGACAUCCCGCUUUAGACCUCCUCUCUGCAGCCUCAGCUCCUUACAUACAAAGACAGAACGCCAUGGUCGCCGGCCACCGAUCGCUGCUCCUCCUCCUCGCCGCCACGGCGGUGCUCACGGUGUUCGCCGCCGUGGCAACAGCGGAGGAUGCCAAGCCGACCAUCCUGACCCCCGUGGCACAGACACCCGUGGGGUCCUUCGAGGGCGACAAGCCGGGGUCCGACGACGCCAUGGACGACGAGGACGCCGCGCCCGUCGGGUCACCCAUCGGCACCACCAUGACCGAGCCCAAGCCCGAGGGCAGCGCCGCUGCAGAGGGCGCCACACCCACCGCCAGCACCGCUUCUUCCCUUGUGGCGAUGGCCAGCUGCGGCGUGGCCACCAUGGUCGCAGCAGCCGGAGUCUUCGCCUUCUGAGGCCUGAUGGCGGUUACUCCAUUUGGGUUCCAUGCUGGUCGCCGGCCAUGGCGGCCAACCCAAGCAUUCCCUGUCUCUUUCUCCAUCUCUAUAUAUAACUCCGGAAGCAUACUGACAUGACAUGCACAACAUAUGUGCUCUAUGUGCUGGGAGGAAAAGCAAGAGUAAAUACUGAACUACAUAUAAGUAUAUCUGUAAUAUGUACAAAAUUACACAGUAAUUAAUACUAAUCUCAAUGCGUUAUCGCUAUUUUUUUCCUGUACGGCAGAAGGAUUAUUAGGCAGUUUAAUUUGUCUUGGAUCAUCAAGUGUAACAUGCCACCAUGCUAUUCAUGGAAAAAUUGUAUCACCAAGUGUAACAUGUCCUCUAGCCAAUUUUCCGUAUUCAUAAUUAUUGGUAUAAUAAUUGUAAUAACUGCUAACUACAUAUGAAGUCUGAUAGGUCAAAAUCAGGCGAGGAAGAUGCCCAUUUACAGCAGACCUUACAUUCAUCCCAAAUUCCCAACUGAACAAACAUCCGAGCGAUGAACACAAUUCUUUCUCGAGAGCAAUCUACAAGCUACAUGUACUCUACCUCAUCUAUUCUAAGCACAACUGGUUUCGAAAAAUUCAAGAACUAGAUGAACACAUUGGGGGAUAGCACUGCAGAUAGGCUAAAUUCUACCGAUGAAUCGACAUAUUAAAGCAGUAGAUAGACUAGAG